AUGAUCCUUACUUUGAUUUUGCUUACCACUUUACAUCUACAUUUAUCAACUUGCGCCGUAAAAGUUAAAAUAAGUCAAGGCACAGUGUUGGGCAUUCGGAAAGAAACUGUGUUUGAUAAGCGACUGUACUACGCGUUUUACGAGAUUCCUUUCGCCCGCGCGCCCAUCGGUCGAUUGCGGUUUAAGGACCCGAGGCCUCUGAAGAUCUUCAAGAUUCCCUACGAAGGAGACACGGACUUCUACAGUCCCUGCGCACAGCCGCACAUAGUGUACCCAACCAGGGUGUCCGGAGGUGAGGACUGCUUGUAUCUUAAUGUGUACACCCCAGUUCGACCUGACGCCCGUCAACCCAAACUUCCUGUACUGGUCUUCUACCACGGGUAUGCCUUCACUUCAAGCUUCAGCCAUAUCUACGGGCCAGACUUCCUCAUAGACAACGGCAUCGUCCACGUCACAGUCAACUUCAGAGUCGGCGUGUUCGGCUUCAGUAAACUUAAUGCCAGCGACACCCAUGCCAAUAUGGGUCUUAAAGAUAUGGUCAUGUCCCUCAAAUGGAUCAAAAGUAAUAUUGCAAGGUUUGGUGGUGAUGAAGCGAAGGUCACUGUGAUGGGGACAGGUUCUGCGGCUGCGCUGCUGUCGGUACUGCUCACCACCAGGGCUAGGACACUGUUCUCCAAAAUGAUACUCCACAGCGGCUCAAUGUUUGCUCCAUCAUUGUUCCUCGGAGACCGCCUGGCCGAGACUGAACUUUUCAAACAGAAUCUCCGCAAAUUACUGGGAAAUUUUGAGAUAAAAACUUUAACUAAGGACAUCAUAAGAUCGUCUCAGAAUAUUUACAAACACAAGGAUACAGUCGACGUGCAGAGGCCGCUAGUUCCUUUCACUCUUCACCUGGAACGUGGUUCCAACAAGUCGCUGGUGACGAGGACUCCAUCUGACUUCUACCGACGCGGCCUGCACAAACCCAUCACGACGCCCAUCCUGAUCGGCUACAACACACAGGAAAGUUUAUCUGAAGUCAUUCCAUUUUUACGAAAGCCAAACCUUCUUGGCACCUUCACCAGCGAUUUCAAAUUCAUGGUGCCAUUCGACGAUGGAUGCCGGUACAAACAUACGCAUCCACGAUACAAGGAAAUAGCGAAUAAGAUUCUAAACCACUAUUUCAAGGACGGCUUAAAUGAGAAAUCAAUCUAUAAUUUCAUGAGGUACACUUCUGACUUACUCAAGUACCCCGUGUUGAAGUUUAUUAAAGCUCAUCUUCUGUCCACCAGUACGAUGUUCGUUUACAAGUUUAACUACAACGGGUUUUUUAAUGCUGUGAAGAAGAACUCUCUUGGGGACAUCAAGUUGAAGGUAAGAGGGGCGGCGAGCGGGGACGAGCUGUGUUACCUGUUCCGAUGCGAGCCGAUGUCGGAGUACUACCCGAAGCUCCAGGGCAAUGAGACAGAUGCUCGUAUCAUGAGGGAGAUGGCCUCAAUGUGGAGUAACUUCGUGAAGGCAGGGGACCCCACGCCAGCGCGGCACCCGGGGCCCGCGUGGCCGCCCGUCACUCCCGCCAUGGACCACGUCAUGUUUAUAAGCAAGACCAGUCGCCUGGUGGAGCUGCGGAGAGAACUAGUGAUGUUGAAGUUCUGGAAUGAUUUGUACGCUGAUUAUUAUUGUGAAGAGAAGUGCAACAGACAGGACAAAGAUGAACUUUGA